AUGUUCAGAUCAGUCUUAAGAACAAGUGCUAUACAAGCCUCCAGAUCCGCCUCCAGACCCAUAAUAGGCAGAGUCGGUCCUGCCAUUUCUGCUCCCGUUUUCAACGUCUCUUCCGUCAGAAGCUACCAUGAAAAAGUGUUGGAUCACUACCAGAACCCAAGAAACGUGGGUACCUUGAAUAAGAACGACAUCAACGUCGGCACCGGCUUGGUCGGUGCUCCAGCCUGUGGGGAUGUCAUGAGAUUGCAAAUCCAGGUCGAUGAAGAGACUGGCACCAUCAAGGACGUCAAGUUCAAGACGUUCGGGUGUGGUUCCGCCAUCGCUUCAUCUUCGUACGUGACCGAAUUGGUCAAGGGAAAGACCUUAGAAGAGGCCUUGAAGAUCAAGAACACUGCCAUUGCCAAGGAGUUGUCGUUGCCCCCAGUCAAGUUGCAUUGCUCGAUGUUGGCUGAGGAUGCCAUCAAGUCUGCUGUCAAGGACUACAGAGCCAAGAGAUUGGUCAAGAAGCCCACCUUGGGCCCUGAAUCCGAGGUUGCUGCCUCCGGCUCCUCUGCAACUGCCUAG